GUUGAUCGUUCGUAGUCUUGCAACGUGCUUCAUGCAUCCCUCCCUCCCUUCGGUUUAUAAGGUCACAGCGUUUUCAUAUGACCAUUCUUCCUAGUUAGGGGCAUCUCAAGUCGGCAUUUCAAGGAGGAAAACGGCUGCCGUGAAGCACAUUUUCACUUUCACCGUGUGCAACUGGCAACAUGCUGCGAAAGGUCGCGACAAGCGUCUCUGCGUGCCCGAGGUGCGCAGGCUUGUCUGCACCCAAUUUCGGUAUCAGAAGGCGCUUGAUAGGCGAAAAUGCCGGCUUCACUUCGAUGCAGUGGCGUGCGUACUCUGAUUCGACACCAGCUUCCUCAAGUGAAGCGCAGCCAACUCCUCAAAACGGCGCAGAUGUGUCACAGGCUCCCGGUUCAACGAUAAACCACGAAGAUGUGUGCGCAGUUGCCGGCCCCUCGCAGUCUUCAGCGCAAAAUCCAGUCCAUGAUCCGUUCUCCGCCAUCGAAUCCUCAUCUCCCACAGACUCUGCAAGUCUGCCACCAUUGUCGUCCCUAUCACUGGAGGAUAUCAGAACGGUUUCCCGAACCGUCUCGCGCGAGCAUCUUUUCGCCAGCGACAAGCAUCUUCCUAGGUACCGACGGCCGUGGGCAAGGCCUGCAUCGCCACCCGGAGGCCAAAAGAUGGUCCCUGAAGAAGCUGCCACUUUCAGAAAGCUGUUCAUGCAGCUCGAAGCAGGCGGAGAAGCUGAUUUGGUGCGGCAAUUCGCCAACCUUCCCCGCCAAAAGCCUGGCAAAAGUCGGUACGCUGAGCUUGCAAGGGAAGAGCAUGCAUCGCGCGUCAGUGACGAGGAGCUCGAGAAAGCGCAGGAUCGGAUUAAAGAGGCCAUCGUCGCUUGCGAAACCGAGCCGCAGCUCUGGCGCUGGGCCGAAGAGAAUGUCUGGGGGACACUGCGUCCUGAGGUCGAAGCCCCAGUCGCAUCCGUGCAAAUCGGACAAGAGACCGAGAACCCGAACGACGGUAACGUUGAAAGUGAGAGCAGUGGUGAAAGACUCCAAGCGACAGAGCAUGACGGCCCACAAUACGGCAUGCGUACACCUUUCUAUGCGACGGCUCUUGCCGAACUUCUCAUCCGCUUCCGCGAUACUUUUCAAAAUCCACACACGGCUCUGGCAGUCUAUCAGAAGACCAAAUUGCUCGGAAUUGAAUCCCAAGUGUUUGGCUGCGGAACGCUCAUGUAUCGCGAAGUCAUUCGGACGCAAUGGGGCUGUCUGCGCGACCUGCAGGGUGUUCUGGCGACAGUGCACGAAGCGCGGCGAAAGGGUGUGCUGUCUGCCUCAAGCAGAAGGACGGACAAGCUGGAGCAGGACUUACGGACACUGAUCGAGCGGAUCUCUGCAGCGGCCAGUGCGGAAGCUGCACCGAGCCCUGUCUCUUCACUUGCUCGGACCUUUGGCUCAGCCUUGGCUGGCUUCCCCUUUGGGCUGAGCGAUACCGCCAGCGAGAGCAGGAAGCUUGACUUUGUCGCGGAGGACAAACUGAAACUCAUCGAUGCCAUCGAGGAACUAAUCGGCAACAAGAAAGGCCAACCCAGCCAUCUGUCGCGUCAAUUUGAGCUCCACACACCUCGGUCCAGUCGCCCCACGGCCCCAAGACGGACGAGAAGCAUCGGGAGAGCACUGUAGCGCAGCACUAGAAAU